AUGGGUUGGCUGGGUCUCCGAAGCCGGCUUCAUGAUGGACUGACAUCUUUCGAGCCUGUUCCUACACAGGUCACCGAUUUCAAAUCCGUCACCGAACACGUCGAAAAGGUUGAAACAAUUGAUCAUAUCUCCGCAUCACCUCCCUUUGCAUAUACACUUCAGGAUCCAUCUGUCCCCGAUGAUGCUUUGCCUUUUAUUCCGCCCGCGAUUGUCCGGAACCAGCGGUUAUGCUUGUCGCUCGCCAAUGGUCUCGCUUGGAUAGUCGUAGACAAUAUUGUUUACGACUGUACCAAGUUCAUCAAAGAGCACCCAGGAGGUGACACUGUCAUACGAAGUUUCAUCGGAGAAGACUGCUCGUGGCAAUUUUGGCGUUUUCAUUCCAAGACGAUCAUGGAGAAGUGGGGACGAUACUUGCGUGUUGGGCGAACGGAAGGGAUAGUGAAUCGAUUCAAGGAGCCUCCGAGGUACUUCGGAUCAAGAAACCGAUAA